GUAUCAGCAAGAAGAUGGAUCUUCACUGUGGAGUCUGAGCGAUUACUCAUCGUAAAGGAUUUCCCCGAGCGAGUGCUUGGCUCCGGCUUCAUAUCGCAAUUUCUUUGCGCUGACGCGUAACUACCUAGCCCUUCGAUCUGGGGCUGCAUGCGACUGUGGCUGCCUCAUGCCUUGUCGUCCAAUCCCUUCAAAGUCGGCGGAACGACCACAACUUCCACCAAUCACGGAGGCAACUUACUGAGGGGGUUACGCAUAGAAUCACAUAUCGUUCUAGGCUUGCGCUGCGAUCGGAUGCGGCGGACCUACCCGUUGAUGGUUCGUUUCGAUUACACACAUAGCGCGUUUCACCGCCUUAGUUCCCGCGCUCGGGAAAUAACACAUCAUUUGAGUCUUUUGAUAAGUAUCAGACCACGACCAUCAGGAUAGCCACAUCAAGCCACUCGUCGUCACAUUUCUCAUCCAGUCACUCGUUUACCUAUAUCACGCUCUUUCAAGAAUGCUCACCCUUGCACUUCUCAGCGCUGCGCUGGCCGCCGCUCCAGCUCUGGCAGCACCAUCUCCCCAAGGCGUCACCAUCUCCAACUCGGCGACACAGGCACCAAUCAAGAUGUGUGGCACGGCUCAGAACGUCGUUCUGACUGAUACCCCAUGGAUCGUGUACAACAUGUUCUACAACUCGGCACAAACCAAGGGAAGCAUGUGCACAGCAUACGACUCCGUAUCGACUGGUUCAGAUGGGAACAAGAAGAUCAAGUGGAGUGCGGUUACUGACAUCGAUUAUGUAAAAGCCACCGACAAUGUGCCCAAGGGUUACACUUUCGUCGGCCUGACCCAAAACCUCGAGACAAAGCUCUCCGCUAUCAAAUCAAUUCCUGCAACAUACGAAUGGACGCGCACCAAUACCACCGCCUACAAAGGCAAUAUUGCUUUCGACUUUAUGACCUCCGAUACUAAAGGCGACUCCACAUCUUCUUCCGCCCAAGAGCUCAUGCUAUGGCUUGAAUAUACUGGUGGCCAACUACCCAUCGGAUGGCCUGCUGGUGCGAAAGCCACAAUCCCCAACUUGUUCGGUACGAGCUGGAAGUUGUACCAGGGUAAGAACGAGGAUACCGGUAUUACAGUCUCAAGCUUGCUGCCUGAUAAGAUGUUUCAGAGUCCUUUCCAGGGAGACCUAAAAGAGUGGCUAGAAGCGCUUGUCAAGGUCGGUGUUUUCAAGGACAGCACUUAUGUCAACGUGGGUAAUGCAGGUACGGAGCCUUUCUACGGGAAAGCCACUGUAGAUGCUACAUUGGGUCUGCAAAUCAACCUGUAGGCUUCGUGAUGCAUUCACGAUACAGUGGUCAUCAUCGUCGAGGAUGGUCUUCGCACAUGGUAUAUGAUCAUGUGUCCACUCUCCUCUCUUUCACUUCUUUGUACCUAUUUAUAACUAGAGCAUACUAUAAGACAGCUCACAAGCUGAACCUUGCUAAAACACGAAGAACCAUCAACGCAGUUUAACUGUUCAUCCUACCACAGGCAUGGUGAAUGUUGUAGGCUUACUCAUGUUUACAGAAAUAUUAC